AUGAAAUGUCCAAAAUGUUAUUCAGAUGUUUUAGAGUCGUUUCGAUUUUGCCAUAAGUGUGGGGAAGUACUAGUCGUUGAAUCUUCGUCAAGAUCUGAAAGUACAGCGUACAUAUCAACUGAAAGUGAGAGAUGUGUUUCAGGACCAUCAUAUUCAACACCUUCUCUGCCACCAAAAGGGACCUUGCAAACUCAACGAGUUCCACGUGUUGAAUCGUUCAACGAGUUCCGAAAAAGGAAAUCCAACGAAAGAGUGCAGAAGGAAACGUCGAAAAAAGGGAAAAAGCCUCUCAAGGUCAAGGAAGUUUUCGUUGGAAUAGGCUUAAUGAACUUGACCAAAGGGGAAUUUAAGCCUGUUAAAGGUAAAAUUAAGAUGGUUCGUGUUCCUACAACAAUUCGAAAGCUUGAACUUUUGAAAUUAUCUUAUGAUAAACACUGCGCACAUGACCGCACAUUUGACAAAGAUGCGGAUUAUACUCUUGCUUUUCCUGAUGGAACGGAAAUAAUUACGCUACCAGAUCAUCCCAACCGCAUUUUUCAGUUGGAUGAAUAUCAACAGGAUGUUGGUAAAGCGUAUAAUCGAAUAACCCUUUUCUUAUUGAAACGGAGUGACCUAGAAAGCUAUAACGAACUGCGACACAACACAAGUGACUCUGAUGAUGAGGCAGAGGAAAGCACUGUAAGACAGAUGACUGUUAUAGAAUCAUUUGCUCGAGUUACUGACUCUUCUACUCACAAUACAACAAAGCAAACUACUGCUGGCCCAUCAACAUCAGAGAACAUCUUUUCCAACAAUAAUGAAAAUUUACCUGGAACAAGUUGUUCAUUGUAUGAAAGUGAAAGUGCUCGUGGAACAGUAAAUGGGAUGAAAACAAUGAGAGAAAUGUUCCCUAAUCGUGGCGAGAGUGAAUUAAAGCAAGCACUUGAGCUAAAUGAAACCCUGGAAGAGGCAAUUAAUAUGGUUGUAGAGGACGAUGACAGGUCAGUAAAUAACAGGUACGGGUCACUGAUUACAGAAGAAUGCGAUGCAGAUGUGAACAUACUCCAUGAUGAUGAUGAAAAUUUGGAAUCAUUUUUGGAAACGUCUUCGAAAACUCACUACACAGUUAAUGCAACACUGACGGAGAAACUUGAACACUGUAAGGAACAGUUUAUGGACAGUUCAAAAAACUUCAGAAUAAAAGUACGAAGGCAUCAUGUAUGGGAAGAUACAAUGAUAAAACUUCAAAGAGAUGAGAACGCUAUAAAUAAUCCAAUAAAAGUACAGUUCAUUGGCGAACCUGCAGUCGACCAAGGCGGACCAUCUCGUGAAUAUUUUGGCCUGAUAAACGAAGCCGCUGAAAGAAAGUUGAUUACACAAUCUGCGUUCAGACAUAAUAUUUCUGCCUUGAAAGGACGGGAGUACUAUGCCUUUGGGCAAUUGACAGCUAUUGGUUUGCUUCAAGGAUCACCUGGCCCAAGAUGUUUUACAAAGUCAGUGUUUGACUAUAUUUGUUCUGGGAGCAUUGAUAAUUUAACUCCAUCCAUAGAAGAAAUCCCAGUUCAUGAGGUGAAGAAUAGCCUCAUGGAGUUGAAUAAUCUUACAAAUCCUGAUGAGUUUAAACAAAAGGCAUCUUUUGAAAGUGAUUAUCGAUUUGAUGCUGGCUAUGCAAAGCCCAUUGUAACAAUGGCUGACAAAGACGAUUUUAUAAAAUGUAUUGCCCUUCAUUAUACUAUACUUGUUUCCUUAAGUGAGCUCAACCAAUUUGUCGAUGGCCUGAAUACCUGCAAUAUGUUACAUCUUAUCAAAGAAGACCCUGAUAGUUUCAGAUGUUUAUUUGAAGUGGGUCAUGCAAAGCUUACUGCUGAAGAUGUUGAUUCUAUCUUUGAUCCUGUUUUCAGUCCUGUUGGCAGCAACAAAUUUGCAAUUGAACAGAGCAUCAUUUUUAAUUUCAACCAGUAUCUUGAGGAUGCGGAAAGUGGUAAGGUAACCGGUCAACUUGAAGACAGAGAAGUCAAAGUAUCACUAAGUGAUAUUCUUCAAUUUGCAACUGGUGCCCAACAUGUUCCCGCUGUUGGCUUUUCUCCUCGCCCUACCAUAGUGUUCCUGCACCACUUGAAUAUGGCAAGAAAGAUAAGCACAAAUUCAUGUGCUAACAUUCUUAAGUUUCCAGUAAGUGGUCUAGAAGAUGGAAAAAAAUUUUCUGAAGAGUUCACGUUUUGUCUGCUGAACUCGCCUGGGUUCCAAUUAGUUUAA